AUGGCAUUAGAAUUUGUAUGUGGUGUGUUUGCAUCUGUUGUUGUACAAGAACUCGUAGACACGAUCAAGAGUUUUGGUUAUGAUCAAUUUCAACAUGUGAUAGCCGAUGUGGAGAAGAAGUUGCAAGCUCUAGAUAUGAGUUAUGUCAAAGCUCAGUUGAUGCUUGACAAGGUAGAUGGGUGGGAGCUUGUAAGCAGCAAGCCUCACCAAGAUUGGGUGGGGGAAGUGAGGAGAGCUUGCUACGAUAUUGAAGACUUGAUCACAGAUGUCAUGAGUGAGAUGAGGAAGGCGCAGAAUUCUCUGUCAUUCUUGAAAAAUUGGCCAAGGAACAUGCUUGAAAAAGAGCCACUGCUGGAUUCUAGGCCUUUCCUGAGGGAGGCGGUUAAGGAAGAGAUCAUCAAAACACUGCUGCUUUCGACAAACUUCAGGAGGAAUGGUGCUGCAGCUGCUGCUAGCAGCAGUAACAAGGGUGGAAGUGGGACUGCUGGUGUCAUUGUUUUGAUAGAGGGUAUGUUUGGACUUGGUAAAACUACACUGGCUCGUGUAAUCGAUGAUGAUAACAAAAUCGAGACUAGCUUCAACCAAAAGUUCUGGGUUAAGUUGUCAGGGAAUUUCAACUUGAGUAAAGUUUUAAGCUCAAUGGUGAUCCAAGCGGAUUCUGAACAGAAUCAGAGGCAGCAAUCAGGGCUAUUACAUAGAGAUGUUAGUGAUAGAUGUAGGGGAAGAAGAGUUUUCAUUGUUUUAGAUGACUUGUGCAACUUUCCAAAUCUGCAAGACUGGGAAGAAUUUGAAGCUCUUCUCCUCAACUCCACCCAAAUGUUUGGGAUCCUCAUUACUACUCGAAAUCCUAAAGUCACCCAUUAUGUAUCAUCUAUUAGCAUGGUUCCUAAACUCUUGUCAGCAUCAGUGGUCGACAUCCAUUCCAAAAGAAAGCGUUGUACUCUGGAAGAGUCUGCACUUGAGAUAGCUGAGAAAUUCUGCAAAGGCCUACCUUUGGUGGCCAAUGUCAUAAGACCCCACCUUUACAAUGAACCAGAGGAACAAUGGUCUAACAUGUUGUCUAAAGACCUAUGGGAGAUGCCAUUAUUUAGAGAACAGAUCUUUCCAGCAUUCAGAUUGAAUUUUUCAGAUCUCUCCCGAGGUUUGAAAAAUUGUUUCUGUUAUCUCUCACUUUUCCCAAAUGGCUUCAAUUUUAAGAAGAAAGAUCUUUUGCAGUACUGGAUGGCAGAGGGUUUCAUUAUACAAGGGCACCCAGGGGAGCCAUACCACACUGCAGGCUGGGAAGAAACGGGCAAUCAUUUGUUUGAUGAAUUGUUAUCAAGAUCUAUUAUUGUCUAUGAUCAUGAGUCACAAGUCUACAAGAUGCAUGAAUUCAUCCACCGUUAUGCUCAAUAUGUCAGCUCUGACAUUUACCUGCGCCUUGACAAGCAAUUUCUCAAUGCGUACUCCUCUUUAAGUAUAGGUAUGCCCUUUAUUUCUCCAACUUGGUACCGUAAAGCACGGCAUGUAUCUUUUGUUUUCCGGAAAUUUCCGCCUUCAGUGCUGAAGGAAUUGGAAAAAUGUAAGGGUGUGCGCACAAUUGUUACCCUCCUUGAGCGCACUGAGAUCAAAGAGCUUGGCUAUGGACUUUUCAGUAAACUACAAUCUCUUAGGGUACUCAACUUGAGUGCAACUUAUAUCAGUGAGCUGCCAGGAUCAAUUGGCAAUUUGAAACACCUUCGGCUCUUAGAUGUGUCUAGAACAGAUAUAGAGUCCUUGCCUGUAUCGAUUUCUAAGCUCACUGAAUUACAAGUUCUCAGACUCACUAAAUGUUAUAUACUUGAACUGCCUAAAGAUACUAAGAACUCGACUAACCUGGUCCAUCUUGAGGUUGACAUAAAACGUUUGUCUUGCAUGCCCGCUCACAUUGGAAAGCUAACAAAACUCCAAACGCUUCCAGCAUAUAUUGUGGGUACCAAGGAUGGGUGUCAGAUCACAGAGUUGAAUAAGUUGAAGCAGAUUCAAGGAUCCCUUUGCCUUACAAAUUUAGAGGAUGUAACAGGAGAAGAUGAUGCUAAGAAAGCCAUGUUGAGCAAUAAACGAUUCAUCAAAAGACUAGAACUUGAAUGGAGCAAUAACAUGAAAAAUCCAUUACAAGCAAAAGGAGUCCUCAAAGGACUUGAACCUCACCAGGAUUUAGAAGAGUUAAAUAUAAUUGGAUAUGGUGGUGAUAAGUUUCCGAACUGGUUGAGCGAACCAGAAUGCAGGCUCACUAGCAUUCAUCUAGAAAGAUGCCACAGAUGCAAAAGCUUGCCACCACUGGGACAACUUCCAUAUCUCAAAGCCCUUCAUUUACAGGAAAUGUGCAGUAUAAAAUGUAUCAAUGAUCAAUUUUUGGGUGCAGGAGCUGCUUCUAGUUUCCCAGCAUUGGAGUUGCUAAUACUCGAAGACAUGACAAGCCUUGAAAAGUGGGAAGGAAGACUGCUAAUGCCUCGCUUACAUGAUCUCAGGAUCUUGAGUUGUCCAGUGUUGCAUGCUCUGCCUUCCCUAAAUCAACUUGCUGCACUGGUAAAUUUGGAAAUAAGAGAAUGUGCAGCAUUACAGUCGCUGCCAGGAGGAAUAAUGCCCUUGUCACUAAAACAGCUGAUCAUUGAAGACAGUGAUUUGCUAGCACAGAGAUGCCUUCCAGAAGCUGGUGACGACUGGUGCAAGAUCAACUUAGUUCCAAGCGUAGUUAUUGACUUUCUGCCCAUUGAAACCUUGACUAGUUACACAAUUCAAUAA